GACUUGAAUGAUUUGAAACAUAUAUGCUUUUACACAGGGUUGAGUUGAACAAAGUAUUGGUUAUGAAGCAUUAGUCGGGAAUUUCUCUUUUCUUCUUAUUUCUUUUCCUUUUUUUUCGUGUGCGAUACGACAUUCGCUACAUCACAUACAUGCGCUCGCUACGAAGAUGGUUCUAUCCUCUUCUUGUUGUUGGAAACACAGUCGUUGAUGGAGCCGUGAUGCCAGCGCCGCCUGACAUCACGGCUGCACCACGAUUGCAAGGGAGACAGGAUAUUGAUGCUAUCGAAUUUGUCAACAUCCUCAUCACCGCGCUCCCCCAAUCACUCCGCCAAGUCGCUGCUACAAACGUGCCUGCUGUAUCGAGUAUACUCUGGACUGAGUUCCUGGACAAUAAUCGACCGCAGUGGUUUCGAGAGUUGCCGGUCGAGGUGCAGAGGUACCUUAUUGAUGUGUUUGGGCCUGUGACGGCGGCGCCACCGGAAAGUGGGAGUGUGCCGACCAGUGUACCGGCUUCUGUGACCAGGACGGAGCAGAGUGUGGUUACGCAGACGGAGGGAUGGGUGACGAGUACGACUGCAACAGCGUCUACAUCGUCUAGGCUGGAGAGUGAGAGUGGAGGAAGUACAACUGCAGUAUCGAGCCAGACUACGACUCGACCAUCCUCGUCUUCGUCUGAGCCGUCAUCCUCAUCGACUUCGACUUCUCCUACCGCCAGCUCAUCUUUCUCCUCCUCAUCAACACCCACAAUCUCCACUUCGUCUCCCUCCUCCGCAACCCCAACCAGCACACCCUCCGAACCCCCUGCUCCACCCACCACCUCCUCCGGCCUCACCUCCCGCCAAAAGCUCGCACUCGGUCUCGCCCUCCCUCUAGGCUUCCUCUCCAUCUCCCUCCUCCUCCUCUCUUUCUUCCUCCUCCGCCGCCACCGCAAGAGAACACUCGAAGGAAGUCAACCCCCCUCCUCACCCGGCUUCAUCCCGCGCUUCUCCUUCCAACAAGGUCCCUCGGACAGCGCCACCUUGCCACUAACCCAUCAUUACACGCGGGGUACCGAAGACUACCCCUGGGACGACCCAUCAGACAUGUAUGACAACUAUCCUGAAACUCCCGCAAUGGUUGGGAGGGAAGAUACACAUACGCCCAUGGUGGCGCCGGCGCUGUGUCACAGCCACUCUUCGAAUCGGGCAAGAGGGAGGAGGAUUAGCGGGUCGAGUUUGCAUUCUGUGGCUGAGAUGAGGGAGCCCGGGGAGGGUGUUGGAGCGGCUGAGGUAGAAUCGCCGGUGCUGGGGCGGUAUGCGCAUCGGAAACGGAGUUUUGGCGGUGGAAAUAGAGAGGUGGGGAGGAGGAGUAGUAUACCGCGGAAACCCGUCCCCACACCGAGUCUGAUGGAGGAGGUGUCAGUAAACGAUGCGAGGGAUGCAUCGGUUCACCGCCCUACACUGGCGGUUCCCAACGCGGCAGCGCAGUAUAGUGGGACGGGAAGUAGUUCGUCUGGUUUCGCGGUGUCGAGCUUUUCUUCGAUGUCGUUGGACGCGUAUUUGGAGGAUUAUGGGCCAGAGUAUUAUUAUACGGGUGGAGGGAGAAUGUGGGGUUGAGGCAAGGGGUGAAAGUUGAGAGGGGAUGGAAUGGCGAGACGACAGAUUGGCCGUUGAGGAAUUGAUAUCGCGGACAUCUUCGCGACUGAGGCUUUGGUACAGUAUUUCUGGGCGGCGACCAGUACUUAUGCGACUUGAUGAUGGACGUACAUAUACCCUUUUUCUUUUCUGCAUGUAUACGAUUUAACGACAUAGUUCAAUUGCUUGUAACAGUAAUCAAAUAAAUAGUAAGCAAUGUCCA